AUGUCUUCCGUCACCGCAACCACCAUCCCGGGAAUCCCUAAGUUUGUCCCCUGCGCACCCACAAAGGAGAAUCUCGACUGGGUCGACUUGAUAAACCUCGACUUCAAGAAAUUCGACGACCCCUCAACCCGCCAGGAGCUAGCCAAAGAACUCCUCGAUGGCGUCACCAAGCAUGGUUUCUUGACCAUUUCCAACCACGGCAUCUCGAACGAGCUCUACGAGCGUCAAGUCCAGCUCGCCAACACCGUCCUGACCUUGCCCCCCGAAGAAAAGGCCCCAUACGAAGCCACCCCCGAAGAAGACGCCAAAGGCCGGUACGUAGGCUUCAAGCCCUCGGGCGAGCUCGGCAUCAAGGGCGGCUUCCACAAAGCGCUCGACCACUACAACAUCCUGACGUACGACCCGGAGAACCACGCCCACCCGGCGAUCCUGCGCCCGCACAUGGAGGAAGUCCAACAAGUCAUUGCUUUGAUCCGGUCACAAGUCCUACGGAAGCUGCUUGUGCUCAUCUCCAUGAUCCUCGGUAUCCCGGAAGACCGCAUCCUGGAGACCCAUGCGCUGGGAAAAGAAAGCACGGAGUACCUGAGGUACAUGAUUUACAACCCGCGCUCCAACGAGGAUAACGACAAGUACCGCGAUCUGUAUCUCGCGGGACACACCGACUGGGGCUCGUUUACCUUCUUGUUCGCGCAGCCUAUUUCGGCGCUGCAGAUUUACACCACGGCGGGCGAGUGGAAGUGGGUGCAAUACCUACCCCGCUCGCUCGUGGUCAAUGUCGGUGAGGCGUUGGAGUUGCUCACCGGGGGGUUGUUCAAGGCAACUAUCCAUCGGGUUGUGAAGCCGCCGGCAGAUCAGGAACGGGAGAAGAGGAUUGGGGUUAUCUACUUUGCGAGACCCGUGGAUGAACAGCGGUUGGAGCCGAUUGAGAGUCCGUUGUUGAAGAGGUUGGGCAUUGAUAAGCCGUUGGAUGAGACGGUUUAUAACAUGGCGGAUUACUUGAAUGCCCGGAAGCAUGGGUACAAGCGGCUGGACUUUGACAACGACCGCCCGAGACAGGAUGGGGUGCAUGCUGAUCCUUUCCAUGGCAAGUACAUCGACCCUGAGGGCUUCAAGCCCGUGGUUGCGCCUGUGUAA